GAUUUUUAAAUUUUAUUUUCUUUUUAGUGUGAAGCACUUUCAGCUGCAAUACAUGUAUGAAAGGUGCCAUCCAUCCAUUUUCUACCGCUUUAUCCUCCACAUGAGGGUGUGCAAGGGAAGCUGUGCCAAUCUCAGCUGACAUAGGGCGAUGGGCAGGCUCACACCCUGCACAGUCCGCCAGUCCAUCACAGGGCCACAUAUAGAGACAAACAACCAUUCAACCACACUCUCACACACCUACGGUCAAUUUAGAGUGUCGUGUCCAAUUUACCUAAUCCCCAUAUUGCAUGGGUUUGGACUGUGGGAGGAAACUGGAGAACCCGGAGAAAACCCACAUGCAUACGCGGAGAACACACAAACUCCACGCAAACUCCACGCAGAAAGACCCUUGUUCCAAGAGUGCUAACCACUACAGAAAGAGCCGACGAGUGCCUGCAUUCACUGAAAACAUGGCUGCCAGCAGAGACACCAGGAAAAACAGUUCACUGACAGCUGUCCUGGUUUCUGUUGAUGCGAGAACAAAUUCGUGGAUCUGGCUUUCUCUGUCACUCUCUCCCACUGCCGGCGGAGUUUUCCCUGACUCCUUAUUUCUGAUUCAUUUCCAGAGCUGGACGUCUGGGAUGGAAAACAAAUAAAGAGGAAAUAGCUGCAGCAUGAAAACAUGGCCGCACCCAUUAUGGCACCCCCAGGACCUGACAGCUUCAAGAAAUUCACCCCAGAGUCGCUUGCUAACAUCGAGAAGCGAAUCAAUGAAGAGAAGAACAAGAAGCCACCCAAGCCCAGAUCGGACAGUAGUCACCGCGACACAUCUGACGACAAUGAGCCCAAGCCAAACAGGGACCUGGAGGCUGGGAAGAGCCUGCCGUUCAUCUACGGCGAUAUUCCUAAUGGAAUGGCUGCAACACCACUGGAGGAUUUGGACCCAUAUUAUGUGAACCAGAAAACAUUUAUAGUCCUAAACAAAGGGAAAACACUCUUCCGCUUCAGUGCCACGCCCUCCUUGUAUAUCAUAAGCCCUUUUAAUAUAUUUAGGCGAAUAGCUAUUAAGAUUUUGAUACAUUCGUUAUUCAGCAUGAUCAUCAUGUGUACGAUUUUGACCAACUGUAUAUUCAUGACAUUUAGUGACCCCCCAGAGUGGUCUAAACAAGUAGAGUAUACCUUCACCGGUAUCUAUACAUUUGAGUCGCUCACAAAAAUUGUUGCCCGAGGCUUCUGUAUAGAUGGGUUCACCUUUCUCCGAGACCCAUGGAACUGGCUGGAUUUCAUGGUCAUCUCAAUGGCAUAUAUAACAGAAUUUGUGGACCUUGGGAAUGUCUCGGCGCUGAGAACGUUCAGGGUUCUCCGAGCUUUGAAAACUAUUUCUGUCAUUCCAGGCCUGAAGACCAUUGUGGGCGCUCUGAUCCAGUCUGUGAAGAAGCUGUCGGAUGUGAUGAUCCUGACAGUCUUCUGUCUCAGCGUCUUUGCUCUGAUUGGGCUGCAGCUCUUCAUGGGAAACCUGCGGCAUAAAUGCGUAUUCUGGCCAAUCAACCGGACUGCGUAUUACCUGGCAAAUGGACAGAAAAGCUUUCACUACGACGAAUAUAUGAUGAAUGACAGUAAUUUCUACUUCCUCCCUGAUCAGCUUGAUGCUCUACUAUGUGGAAAUAGUUCUGACUCAGGAAACUGCCCAGAGGGAUAUACAUGUAUCAAAGCUGGAAGGAACCCCAACUACGGAUACACCAGCUUUGACAGCUUUGGAUGGGCUUUUCUCACCCUUUUCCGCCUCAUGACCCAAGACUUCUGGGAAAAUCUCUACAUGCUGACUCUGCGAGCUGCUGGGAAGACCUACAUGAUCUUCUUCGUGCUCGUCAUCUUUGUGGGCUCCUUCUACCUGGUGAAUCUCAUCUUGGCUGUGGUGGCUAUGGCUUAUGAGGAGCAGAACCAGGCCACAAUUGAGGAGGCGGAGCAGAAAGAGGCCGAAUUCAAGGCCAUGCUGGAACAGCUGAGAAAGCAGCAGGAGGAGACUCAGGCUGCUGCCAUGGCAACAUCUGCAGGUACAGUGUCUGAGGCUGCGUUAGAGGAUGAAGGAGGGGGCCACUUGUCCCGCAGCUCCUCUGAGGUCUCCAAACUGAGCUCCAAGAGUGCAAAGGAACGCCGCAAUCGCAAAAAGAAAUGGCGUCAGAAAGAGCAAGAGAAGGAGAAGGGGGACAGUGAAAAGGUCGUAAAGUCUGACUCAGACGAUGGAAGCAAGAAAAGCACCAUUCGUUUCCCAGGAACCCGGCUUGGGAGGAAGACAUCCAUCAUGAACCAGUCCCUACUGAGCAUCCCUGGCUCACCGUUUAUGUCGCGCCACAACAGCCGCAGCAGCAUCUUCAGCUUCAAAGGUCGCUCUAAAGACAUGGGCUCAGAGAACGAGUUUGCCGACGACGAGCACAGCACGGUGGAGGAGAGCGAGGAACGGCGGGGCUCCCUGUUCAUCCCUUACCGCCGCAACAGCUACAGUGGCUACAGCCAAGGCUCGUCACGCAUCCAUCCACUUGCACCCCACGCUGGAGGGAAGAGGAACAGCACAGUGGACUGCAAUGGUGUGGUGUCUCUCAUCGGCCCUGGGCCCGGCAGACGGCUUCUGCCUGAGGUGAAAAUAGAUAAGGCAGCCACUGAUGACAGUACGACAGAUGUGGAGAUUAAGAAGAAACACUCUGGCUCUCUUAUGGUUUCCGUGGAUCAGCUCAACUCCUCCUUCAAAGGGAAGGACCGUGCCAACAGCCAGAUGAGCGUUGUCACCAACACACUGCUUGAGGAGUUGGAGGAGUCUCAGAGGAAGUGUCCUCCCUGCUGGUACAAGUUUGCCAACGUCUUCCUCAUCUGGGAAUGCUUUCCCAUGUGGCUGAAGAUCAAGCACAUCGUCUACUUGAUCGUCAUGGAUCCGUUCGUCGACUUAGCCAUUACUAUCUGUAUUGUCCUCAAUACCCUCUUCAUGGCCAUGGAGCACUAUCCCAUGACUGAGCAGUUUGAAGGUGUUCUGUCCGUUGGCAACUUGGUUUUCACAGGUAUCUUUGCUGGGGAGAUGUUCGCAAAGCUAAUUGCCAUGGAUCCAUAUUACUACUUUCAGGGAGGUUGGAACUGCUUUGAUGGCUUCAUCGUGACGCUGAGUUUAGUUGAGCUGGGACUGGCUGAUGUGGAAGGUCUGUCAGUGCUCAGGUCCUUCCGAUUGCUGAGAGUCUUCAAAUUGGCCAAAUCAUGGCCCACUCUCAACAUGCUGAUCAAGAUCAUUGGUAACUCGGUGGGAGCUCUGGGUAAUCUGACCCUGGUGUUGGCCAUCAUCGUCUUCAUCUUUGCUGUGGUGGGCAUGCAGCUAUUUGGCAAAAAUUACAAGGACUGCGUGUGUAAGAUCGCCCCUACCUGUAAGCUACCUCGCUGGCACAUGCACGACUUCUUCCACUCCUUCCUGAUCGUGUUCAGAGUAUUGUGUGGUGAAUGGAUUGAGACCAUGUGGGACUGUAUGGAGGUGGCUGGACAGACCAUGUGUCUCACUGUCUUCAUGAUGGUCAUGGUCAUUGGAAACCUGGUGGUGCUUAACCUGUUCCUUGCCUUGCUGCUGAGUUCAUUCAGUGCAGACAAUCUGGCUGCCACAGAUGACGAUGGAGAGCCCAACAACCUCCAGCUCGCAGUAAACCGUAUAAAGAUCGGGAUUGCCUGGUUCAAGGCCAACAUGCGGGUUGUUAUGGCCAAGCCCAUAGAGGAUGAACAGAAGCCUCUGGAUGAAAUGUAUGAGAAGAAGCUCAACUGCAUUGCAAACCACACAGUGGACAUCAACCGUGAACUGGACUAUGCUAAAAAUGGCAACGGCACAACUAGUGGCAUUGGAAGCAGUGUGGGGAAGUAUAUGAUUGAUGAAGACUACAUGUCCUUCAUCCACAACCCCAACCUUACGGUCUGCGUUCCCAUUGCUGUCGGGGAGUCGGACUUUGAAAAUCUUAAUACGGAGGACUUCAGCAGCGAAUCGGACGUGGAGAACAGCAAAGACAUGGACGACACCAGUUCAUCUGAGGGCAGCACAAUCGACAUCAAGCCUGAUGUGGAGGAGGUGGCAGUCGUGGAGGUAGUGGAGGAGUACCUUGACCCAGAAGCCUGCUGGACAGACGAAUGUGUGGCCAAAUACAAGUGCUGUGAUGUUCCCAUCACUCAUGGCUGGGGGAAAUACUGGUGGUUCUUGAGGAAAACCUGCUACCUGAUCGUGGAACACAACUGGUUUGAAACCCUCAUCAUCUUCAUGAUCCUGUUGAGCAGCGGCGCUUUGGCCUUUGAGGACGUGUACAUUGAGCAAAGGAAGACGGUGCGCGUCAUUCUAGAGUAUGCCGACCGCGUCUUCACCUAUAUCUUCAUCCUCGAGAUGUUGCUGAAAUGGGUGGCGUACGGCUUCGUCAAGUACUUCACUAACGCCUGGUGUUGGUUGGACUUCUUCAUUGUGGAUGUGUCUAUAGUCAGCCUUAUAGCUAAUGCGUUGGGCUUCUCCGAUCUAGGCCCGAUUAAAUCACUCAGGACACUGAGGGCCUUGAGACCCCUCAGGGCCCUGUCACGUUUUGAAGGGAUGAGGGUUGUGGUAAAUGCCUUGGUGGGUGCAAUUCCCUCCAUCAUGAAUGUGCUGCUGGUGUGUCUGAUUUUCUGGCUCAUCUUCAGCAUCAUGGGAGUCAACCUGUUUGCUGGGAAGUAUUACUACUGUUUCAAUGAGACGUCCGAGCAGUACUUCCUACCCAACGAUGUCAACAACAAAACAGAGUGUAUGAACCUCAUUAAUUCUAACACCUCUGGUGUCAGAUGGAAAAAUGUCAAGAUCAACUUUGACAACGUGGGUGCUGGAUACUUGGCACUCCUGCAAGUGGCAACAUUCAAAGGCUGGAUGGACAUUAUGUAUGCAGCCAUAGAUUCUAGAAAGGUGGAGGACCAGCCCAUCUAUGAGGACAACUUGUACAUGUACAUCUACUUUGUCAUCUUCAUCAUUUUUGGCUCGUUCUUCACCCUAAACCUCUUCAUUGGUGUCAUCAUUGACAACUUCAACCAGCAAAAGAAAAAGUUUGGAGGUCAGGACAUCUUCAUGACAGAGGAGCAGAAGAAAUACUACAAUGCCAUGAAGAAACUGGGGUCAAAGAAACCACAAAAACCAAUACCGAGGCCUCAGAACCAAGUCCAGGGCAUUGUGUUUGACUUUGUGACGCAGCAGGUGUUCGACAUCUCCAUCAUGAUACUCAUCUGCCUCAACAUGGUCACCAUGAUGGUGGAGACCGAUGAUCAGUCGGACGAGACGGAGGACGUGCUUUACUGGGUCAACUUCAUCUUUAUUGUGGUCUUCACUGGCGAGUUUUUACUGAAGCUCUUUGCACUGCGUCACUACUACUUCACCAACGGCUGGAACAUCUUUGAUGUGGUUGUGGUCAUCCUUUCAAUUGUGGGAAUGUUUCUGGCUGACAUUAUUGAGAAGUACUUUGUGUCACCGACACUCUUCAGGGUGAUCCGUCUGGCUCGUAUUGGCAGAAUCCUGCGUCUCAUCAAGGGCGCCAAAGGAAUCAGAACUCUUCUGUUUGCCCUCAUGAUGUCCCUCCCCGCCUUGUUCAACAUUGGCUUGUUACUUUUCUUAGUCAUGUUCAUUUUCUCCAUUUUUGGCAUGUCAAACUUUGGCUAUGUGAAACAUGGGGCAGGAAUCGAUGACUUGUACAACUUUGAGACGUUUGGCAACAGCAUGAUCAUUCUGUUCAUGAUCACCACGUCAGCGGGCUGGGAUGGCCUGCUGCUGCCCAUUCUUAACUACCCUCCAGACUGUGACCCCACAUAUGAGAAUCCUGGCACUCCUGCCACAGGAGACUGUGGCAACCCUUCGGUGGGCAUCUUCUUCUUUGUUAUGUACAUCAUCAUUUCUUUCCUAAUUGUGGUCAACAUGUACAUCGCCAUCAUCCUGGAAAACUUCAGUGUGGCCACAGAGGAGAGUGCUGACCCACUCAGUGAGGAUGACUUUGAGACCUUUUAUGAGAUUUGGGAGAAGUUUGACCCCGACGCCUCCCAGUUUAUCACCUAUGCCAAGCUUUCGGACUUUGCUGAUGCGCUUGAACACCCACUCCGAGUCCCCAAGCCUAACACCAUUGAACUUAUCGCCAUGGACAUGCCAAUGGUGAGUGGUGACCGCAUCCACUGCCUGGACAUCCUAUUCGCCUUCACUAAGCGCGUGCUGGGCGACAGUGGCGAGCUGGACAUGUUGAGGCAACAAAUGGAGGAGCGCUUUGUGGCGGCCAAUCCCUCCAAAGUCUCUUACGAGCCGAUCACCACCACUCUGAGACGCAAGCAGGAGGAUGUGUCCGUUAGAAUCAUUCAAAGGGCCUACCGAUCCUACCUGGCCAGACGCGGCUUUGUCUGUAAACGCAAGCCAUCCAGUAACAAAGUGGAGAACGGCGGGAACAAUCAGGAACAAGAAAAAAGGGAGAGCACUCCCUCCACUGCCUCCCUGCCCUCUUAUGACAGUGUAACGAAACCUGACAAGGAGAAACAGGAUGACAACAAUGAGGGCAAGGGGGGGAGGAAAGAGAAAGGAAGAAACCAAAAAGACAUCAGGGAAUCUAAAUGUUAGAAUGUUGGAUUAAUAACCACAGUAAUAACAAUACAAAUUAUAAUAAUGUAACUUCAAGCAGAGGAAACUCACCCACACAGAUGUACAGAUUAUUUCAUUUCCAAGUCAGAAAAAAAAUAAUAUUCAGUAAUUUUGUUUACAGACUUCAUUCUUAUAUUGAUGCAGAGGGAAGCCACUUGGUCUGUCACAGCUUGAAGACUCUUGAAAUUCUGUCAAACCAAACAUAAUCAGCAUACUGUGCGACACUGUUGUAUCUACCGAUCUUAACAAAAGGGAAUGAAAGCAGACAUGGAAAUGUCUGUUGCUCACUUACCACAGGUCUACAGAUAAGACAAGUAACUCUAUACCAGGAUGUGGGGUGGAAUGGAAAAACAAACAAAAAAAAACACUAAGAGAACUCUGCGCCUGGAUGCAAAUAAUGGAUUCCUUCAUAAGACUGUGUUGUCAAGGAAAACCAAGGCUUGCUGCUAGAUGCUAAAGGACUGUCCUCCUAAAGCAGCCAGUGAGUGGUUCUGUGUCAUUUAAUGUAAGUUGAAUAGCAGAUAAGGAAAUGACACUCUCUCUCUCUCUAUAAGAGCAAACAGAGGGAUGACUGUGAGUGAAAGACACAAAUGACAGAGAGCGUUGGGAGUACUUUUUUCUUUGUUUUAUUAAAGCUAGAACUUUUUAAUUUGAGCAACAAAAAUGCAAACAAGAUGAAAAAAAGAACAAUAUUCAACAUUUUUGCCCAUGUCACUUAACUCUUCUUCUCAUUUUAUCUUUGUUAUACCCACAUCAAAAAUGCUUUUUUUACAUGGGCUUUCACACCAAUUGGUUAAGGGUCUGUUUAUUAUGGGGUCAACUCAGGCCAAGGGCUUACAUUUACUCAGAAAGAUUUCCAAACAAAUACAUAAAUAAUUGUGCUUGUUCAAUGCAUAGAAAUGACUUGCAUGAUGGCAUGUUUUGAUCAGAAAUCUUGCAUGAAUUAUCAUAGUCCACAAGACACUAAUACUCAGACCACACCAGUGGCUCGACUGUGAGAUCGAGACAUUGUCGAAAUUUGAAAGUUCAGAGUUACGAGUCAUUUGUUUAACAAAGAUAAGUGGGGGUUGAUCAUCUAAAAUGGGUCCGAAAUUUGAUCUCAUUACGCAACACACAAUAUAAAAAUGACUAUGUUUAAAUUAUUGCCUCUAUCGACAGAAGAAUGGAACAGGUUGGUUAAAUUAGUGCCGACAUGGCGGAUCAGUGGGUGAAAUCCAAACAUUUAUUUGCUGCUCUGGAGAUGAUUGAGUGUGUGAGAUGUAGAAAAUGGACGUUUGUGUGAAUCGCGGGAUUGAAAUGUUUGUUAAUUUGGACUCAAAUGUUUUCAAGGGUGCAACACUUUGAAACGUAAAAGCUUCUAUUUAUAAUUUGUAUGCACCGAUGUAAUGUCCCAUACCAUCUGCCUUUAGUUUUGUCUGAGCAGGGCAUUUUGGGGGAGGGGGGGACGGGGUCCUACUGAGGGGUCCUACUGAGAGGUACAAGUGGUUUUGGGGGAUUUCAAAGGUAUGGCAAACUCCUUUGAAUUGCUGAUGUUUCUCCAUGUGUGAGAAGACUUCUGAUUAUGGUUCCGUUUACAUCAUUUGGUGCCAUAUAUUUACAUGUGUUAUGAUUAUUAUUACUGUCGUUGUUGUUUUGUUUUUUUUUGCUGAUGUAAAUUGAAUGUUUUGUUGUGUGCCGCGUCUUAUUUGACAUGAUUUUAAAAAGCCACACCUGAGAUGAUAUGCUGAGGGGGAAAACGGUCCUGUGCUGGAACAUAUUGUCAAGUGUUAGAGCUGUGUCCUGUUUUAAUGAGAAGCCGAAACCUAUGAAUGGGUGAUGAUAACAUUGUGUGUGGAGAAGCCAAAGAGACCUGCCUUGUUAUCCCUUGUUGCCCUUUGUCAAUGGAGUGGGAUUGGGUGGAGUAUGCCCUGCCCAUUUUGUUUUUUCGCUGUCAUUAUUAGACAGAGAGACCCUAGAAAUGUAUGCAAUGCUUAAAAAAUCCAUCUGUUUUCUCAGGAGAUAAUAUAGAUGUACUAUUGUGAGCUCUGCAACAAAAUGCAAGUGAAUGUGAUGGGAGUAUUUAUGAAAUCAUGUUUUGCUCUUUUAUGUUUUAUGCCAUGCUGAUGGACAAUGAUCUCGGGCCGGCUGCCUCGUCUCUGUAGCCGCCUGGUCAGGGGCCAGUUUAGCGCUCCCUGCUUAUGAUGCCUAGAUUUAUAGGGCUAGUAGCAUCUCAGUGAAGCGGCAACAUUUUUGCUCACGUGUAAAGGCGGCAUUUAUAUCGCAGGCAAAUUACAUUUGUGGUUAAGUCAACUAUGGACUGCAGUCUGGUCUGAAUUAAUGUCAGUAAACGGCAAAAAUAACAACGUUCACCCCCGAUAACAGUCACAGAUACAGGAAACACUGUGAGGAGAUGUCAUGAGAGUGAAUUGGGAUAUGUUGGUUUGAGUAGCACACUGGAUUCUUUGUGAAGCAGAAGUGGCAUGCUCAGCAGAUCGGCCCCCUCAUUUUCACUACAACAACAAUGUGUUCUCUGAGCCUCUCGUUUGCCAUCGUUCUCCAUCAUGCUCUGCUGCAUAACAAAUACCAAAUAACCAACAGAGCACUGGAUGCUUUUUUUAAUGGUACUGUGAGCCGAAGCACCACAUCCAAGCUUUUGCACUUCCUGUUGUGCAGUGAUGUCACUUCCUGUUUAUGAAUACCCCCCCCCCCCCCACACACCACACACACACACACACACACACACACAUCCCUUCUCAAGUUCCACAGUCUAGUUGCUGCAUGAGAUCUCCAAAAUCAGUGUGGGUGUUAACUUGAACCAAAUAAAACUCUGAAUGAUAAGCAUAAAAGCUACUGCCGUCCAUUUUCUCCAAGACAACCAUGGAUAUACAGAUGUGUAUGACAGAAAGAAGCCUAGAAAAAUCAAAAAAAAAAUCCUACAUUUGGUAAAACUUCAAAUAAAACAACUACACUCCGGGCUAUGUUCUGUACGGCACAAACUGCAGAAGCUAAGAAUGGACUUUUUAAGAAACUAUAAAUAAUGUAAUAUAUUAUUUUAACGGCAUGUGUAGUUUUUUGUAAAUACAGGAUUACUUAAAAAACUACGGCUAUUAAUCUAACACUAAAUAUUAAUAACCAUAAAUAGAAUGGCUUCCAGCUGACACCCCUUGUCACACUUGUUAGGCUGUGACACUUUUGUUAGAUGGAGUAGAUUUUUUUUUUUUUUUUAUGUUUUCGUUCCGUUUGUUUUUGAGUCACUUUUCACAAAAAAGAGGGGAGUAAAGCUAAAAGAAUCUAUGUUAAAAGCAGAAAUUGUAUGUAAAACUGUAUAAAUGAACACGUACAUAUACAGAAGUGUAUUACAUAUAUAUUAUAUAUAUAUUCUUUCAUAUAAAAUAUAUAUAUAUAGUAUAUAUACAUUAGAACAAUGUCUAUAACUCGACUCUCCUGUCCACUCCUUGCAUUGAGGUGAAAGCAGAAACACAGUUUUGAUUGAUCAUGCUUUUUUUUUUUUUUCUUUGUGUGGUACGUUCAGAGAAUAACCAAAACUCUGGCCCGCCCAGGAUCUCUGCAUAUCGGGUACCAGCGUACAAUGCAUGGUGUUGUACUGGCUGCUUCUGAGUAUUGUGGAGCCUGCUUUGGUGAGAGGAUUGCACUACCAGCAUACCCUUUUGUACACGUGUGAAGAUGUCUUGCCCCUCGUUUCCUAUAUCGUACACACAUACGUAUUCAGACACACACACACACACACAGUCACAGUCACACGCACUCUCACACAGUCUUAGCAUUUUGCAGGCCACACCUGGUGAACCAGUGUGCCCCAGUAUGAGCUGCAGUUCACUUUGUAUGACAAAAUGUUUGCUCGUUUCAGCUCUAACCCUGCUCAAUAUUUCCACCUAACACACUGCUGCAGUUUGAAGUUGAUCUUUCAGUUUGCUGUCUCUUUCAAAUAAGGGUUAGUCGUCUUAACUGUCUGUGUGUUUGUUUAUGGUGCAAUAUCUCUUAACGGCACGUGCCUUUUUAGCUUCCUAUUUAGUCUGUCAAUAAAAUCAGCAACGAGGAUCUCGAACCCACGGGAGUGAAUCAAAACGGAGCACGAUAGAAACAAUGUAUUGAGUUCAAAAUUAACGUGUAAACUGAAAACUCACCACCUAGAUUAGACUGUCUGGACUAACAUCUUGUAGAGUCAUGUAGUACAAGUGCUCUCUCUCUCUCUCUGUGUUCUGUUUACUGGCUCUCGGGCCCGUAAGAGAACAGCUUGCCUUCUGUUUUACACUUAUGUUCAUUUCCAAGUGUUGUUUUAACAGUCGGUAUAUGAGGCCAUUUUUUUUUUUGUAGCAUGACUGAGAUACAUUUCUUUUCUUUGCUGAAAAUAGGCUAAUGAAAACAAAAAAAAACAAAAAAAACAAAGUUAUGACUGUCAUUAUCUCUUGCCACUAAUACAGUCAGAGAGAGAACGUGUGUGCACAACCACAUGGGACAAUUAAAUGAGAAUCAGUGAAAGAAUGUCUUCAUUUGAGCACGAAUCUAUUUCCAAACAAUAAAGCAGCCUUCCAGUUACA